ACAACCAGCCAUCCCCUACCUUGCUACAGAGAAGAAAUCGUGGCGGCCAUCCAGGCCGCCAUGGCCAAUGAUGGCGCCGUGUCCGCCAUCCCCCGGCUCCCUUGGGCUAUAAGACUGAUGCCCACGACCCCGGGACAAACCCUAGCCCCUUUUCCUCCCCCUCCCUGUGUCGUUGCUCUCUCCCUCACACCCACCCGACGCCACCAUCGUCACGUCGAUCCCGCGGCCACCGGCCUCCCUUCGUCGCGCCAAGAUGUCCAGAAGCAUCCUCGUCGUCGUCUCCUUCGUCCUCGACCAGUGAAUCAAGCCGGGAAGGCCCGUACGCUCGCCAUCAAGCUCGUCGUCACUGCGUACAUCAUCGUCGCCGCCGUCGAUUGCCGCCACUUCGACCGUCCCCGGCCCCACCGACCAAUGCGUCGUGACCGCUACCCCGAGACCGCUGCUAAGGCCCCGGUGAUCGACUACGUCACCGACGACCCGUCCUUCUCGUCUGAGCAACCAGAUGAUGGAGCUCAGGAGCCAGACGACACCACCGACGAUUACUACUACACCGAGGGUGCCUACUACUACGUGGAGACCAACGACGACCAGGAGUAGUUAGGAGGCUCCCAGGCAGGAGGCCUUGCCUUUUCGAUCGUUGUUACUUUUGUGCUAGCCUUCUUAAGGCAAACUUGUCUAACUUAUGUCUGUACUCAGAUAUUGUUGCUCCCGCUGACUCGUUUGUAUAUGAGCUUAUGUAUUCGAGCCCUCGAGGCUUCUGGCUUGUAAUAUAAAGCUUGUAUUAUUUUAAUUUGUGUCUAGAGUUGUGUUGUGAUA